GGAGUGUCGUAAAGUGGGAUGUUUUGAGUGGGGAGGUCAUUGGAAAGUGAGGUUGUUCUGUACGUUUUGGGGAGUACAGACUACUGCUGCUACCACAGGUGUCAGAUAUUCUGAUACCAGAGUAGCCUUACUUAAAUUCAGCGAAGUGUUUCGGCUUACGGGGUCACCACUUUCAAAAUGUUGCGUUUAGCGCUGCGAGUGCGCCCAUCUGCCAGGCUUACCCGGCCCAGUGUCCUCUCGGGCCCUGCUACUGCUGCCAGUCCUCGACCCGGACCGGUGUCAUGCCAUCAUCUCAAACGAUACCACUCCAACGGCCCAGCCCGGAUCCGGAACUUGUGUCAUGGUCGGCGUGUGUACAACAGCAUCUUCAGUAACAGACCAUGGGUCUUGCGAAGCCAAACGGCUAGUUUCAGUCAAAGCAUGCGAGUGUACAGUCUACCACCCCAUCAGAGGGUGGAACUGCCUGCUUUGUCCCCCACUAUGCAGAUGGGCACUAUUGCACGCUGGGAAAAGAAAGAAGGUGACAAAAUUAAUGAGGGAGAUCUGAUUGCUGAGGUUGAAACAGACAAGGCUACAGUAGGAUUUGAACUAUUGGAGGAGUGCUACCUUGCCAAGAUCUUGGUUUCUGAGGGUACAAGAGAUGUGCCCAUUGGUGCUGUCAUUUGUAUUACUGUUGACAAUCCUGCCCUCAUCCCUGCAUUUAAGGACUUUACAAUGGAUAAAGUGUCUAGCUCCGCCCCUGCUGCUGCCCCUCCCCCUCCAGCAGCGCCCACUGCUGCUCCUGCUGCGCCACAAGUUCCUGGGAGCUCCUACCCACCUCAUAUGAAGGUUCUUCUCCCAGCUCUCUCUCCCACCAUGACUAUGGGCACAGUGCAGCGCUGGGAGAAGAAGGUGGGUGAGAAGCUGAGUGAGGGAGACCUGCUGGCUGAAAUUGAGACUGAUAAGGCAACAAUCGGUUUUGAGGUACAAGAGGAGGGCUACAUGGCCAAAAUAAUGGUUGCUGAGGGCACCAGAGACGUUCCUCUCGGCACUCCUCUCUGCAUCAUUGUGGAAAAGGAAUCUGACAUUAGCGCAUUUGCAGACUAUGUAGAGACCGGUGUGGCUGCAAGCCCACCCCCUGCUCCCGCACCGGUGGCCACCCCACUCCAGCAGCAGCUCCCGCCCCAGCUCCUGUCGCUGCUCCAGCCGCCCUUGGCAGCUCCUAGGAAGGGUAGGUCAUCUCAUUUUUGUACACUACCAUUUAUUGUUUUUUUUCUUUCUGUUUUUCAACAAGGUGCUCGGUGCUUUGUGGCACAAAUGAACGUUCAAAAAGCUGAGAUGUUGGAGAGACUGUCCACUGCACGUAACUUCUCCAAUUUGGAUGAUGAAGACAAUUACUCUGCAGCUAGCAAGGCUAUCAGACAAGUAAUUCAUCAGCUGAGGAGGUUGGGAAAAGUUUGGCAAGAUGUCUUGCCAGUAAACAUAUACUGCAAAGCCAUUGGAACUCUCCUCAAUACUGCGAUAUCAGAGCUGAUUAAUAAGAUUAUGAUGUUGGAGGACAUAUCUAACGUGGACGGUGAGCGACUGCGAACACUGUGUCAAACCAUUAUAGAGGAAGGGCCGCUGGUUUUCAAUCCAUUGCCAGAUGAAAACAAGAACAAAAAAUACCAAGAAGAGGUUCCAGUCUAUGUAAAGAAAUGGAUGACCUUAAAAGAGAUCUCCAUGGUUCUAAAUGCUAAUCUACAGGAGAUAGUGGACAGGUGGGCCGAGGGCAAAGGACCUCUGGCAGUGGAGUUUUCAUGUAAUGAAAUGAAGAGCCUCAUUCGUGCCCUGUUCAAGAACACAGAGAGGCGAGCAGCGGCCCUCGCUAAAAUCGUCAAAUAGACAUCCAAAAGACAAAUGCACUUCCAACGCAACAUAACGCUACAUGGAGCUUUUCCUUAGAUAUGUGUUCUCUAUUUUUCUAUUUUGCUGAAAAAUGCUUUACAAUAAAUGCUGUUCUAAGCACUUGCCUGUUCUCCUACCUUAUGUUAACAGUAUAUGAAUUAGUACUUGAAAAUACCUCAAUAAACUCCAGCAAUGGCACAUAAUCUUGUUUUA